AUAAACUUGAUCCGGAGUCAACCUUAUCCUUUUAUUUCGCUUCCCAUUCUUAUUUCGUUUAUAUAUAUAUAUAUAUAUAAAAACCGCGUAAUCAAUCUCAGUACAUCCACCGGCAAAGCUACUAUAAAUCUGAUUUUCCCCUUUGAACUCUUCUGUUACACUCUCAGAUCUCAGUAUUUCCACUCCAGCUAGUUAACGGUCAGAUCUCGAAACCCAAUGGCGGUGGCCAUCAGAGGAGGCCGAGGAGCAGGAGGCGGUGGACUUGGUAUGGGCUUACGUGGCUUUUUCUCUUACCGGAUCUUUGUCUCCGCCAUGUUCUCUCUUCUUUUCCUUGCUACUCUCUCCGUCAUUCUCACCACUCAUCCCUCCACUUCUCAUCACGACCCUGCGCUUCCGAGUGUUGGUAAUGCAUAUGUUCAACGAACCUUUUUAGCAUUGAAAUCUGAUCCACUUAAGACGAGGUUAGAUUUGAUUCAUAAACAAGCCAAUGAUCAUAUUGCUUUAGUUAAUGCAUAUGCGGCGUAUGCCCGGAAGUUAAAGUUGGAUAUUUCUAGGCAAUUGAAGAUGUUUGAUGAUUUGGCUCGGAACUUUUCCGAUCUUUCUCUCAAACCCACUUACAAAGCUUCUCUUUUUGAGCCUGAGGGUGCUGUUGAUGAGGAUGUGUUGAGGCAAUUUGAGAAGGAAGUCAAGGAUAAGGUCAAAUUUGCUAGAUUAUUGAUUGGUGAAGCUAAAGAGAGUUAUGAUAAUCAGUUGAAGAUUCAGAAGUUGAAAGAUACCAUUUUUGCUGUUAACGAAUUGCUGGUUAAGGCGAAGAAAAAUGGGGCUUUGGCUAGUUUUAUUUCUGCUAAAUCAGUGCCAAAGAGUUUGCAUUGUUUGGCAAUGAGACUUGUGGAGGAGAGGAUUUCGCAUCCAGAGAAAUAUCAGGAUGAGGAGCCUAGUCCAGAGUUUGAGGACCCCACUUUAUAUCAUUAUGCUAUAUUUUCUGAUAAUGUGAUUGCUGUGUCAGUGGUGGUGAGGUCUGUGGUGAAGAAUGCGCGAGAACCAUGGAGGCAUGUUUUUCAUGUGGUUACUGAUAGAAUGAAUGUUGCAGCUAUGAAAGUUUGGUUCAAGAUGAGGCCUGUUGAAGGCGGUGCACAUGUUGAGGUGAAAGCAGUUGAGGAUUAUGCCUUCUUGAAUUCUUCUUAUGUGCCUGUGUUAAGGCAGCUUGAGUCACUUAAAAAGCAGAAAAUUUAUGCUGAGAAUGGGGUGGAAAAUGCGACAAAAGAUGUGAAUAACAUGAAAUCUAGGAAUCCCAAGUACUUGUCAAUGUUGAAUCAUCUUAGGUUUUAUUUACCAGAAAUGUAUCCAAAACUACAUAAGAUUUUGUUUUUGGAUGAUGAUGUGGUAGUUCAGAGGGACUUGACUGGGUUGUGGAACAUUGAUUUGGAUGGCAAGGUGAAUGGAGCUGUGGAGACCUGCUUUGGUUCAUUUCGCCGUUAUUCUCAAUAUUUGAAUUUUUCACAUCCCCUGAUCAAGGAGAGGUUUAAUCCCAAGGCUUGUGCUUGGGCAUAUGGGAUGAAUAUUUUUGAUCUAGACGCUUGGAGGCGUGAGAAAUGCACAGAGCAAUACCAUUACUGGCAGAACUUGAAUGAAGAUCGUACUCUGUGGAAAUUGGCUACCCUUCCGCCAGGCCUCAUCACUUUCUACUCAUCAACCAAGUCAUUGGACAAAUCCUGGCAUGUGCUUGGACUUGGGUACAAUCCAAGUGUUAGCAUGGAUGAUAUCAACAAAGCUGCUGUUAUUCAUUACAGUGGAAACAUGAAACCUUGGCUUGAUAUUGCUCUGAAUCAGUAUAAGAAUCUCUGGACUAAAUAUGUGGAUAAUGAUAUGGAGUUUGUUCAGGUGUGCAAUUUUGGCUUCUAAGUGAGCACUCCUAGGGUUCUUAUUGAUCAGGUAGCACACCAAUAGAGCUAUUGUGAUUGUUUAUAGUUGGUUUCCCAUAUCCUUACAAAUUUUUCUUCUCAUUUAUUUGUUGUAACCUUCUGAUCAAAGCUUAGUGGUGGUGUUGUGUUUCUUCCACAAGUAGAAACGAUUUUGAUCGUUCUUAAUUUAUGUUUGUUAGUUAUAAUAUUGCCCAGCAUAAAUUGUAACAAAUCAAACUGAAUUAUAUAAAAGCAGAUUUUUUUUUU